UCUCACAUAAACAAACCAACACACUAUACAUUACACACCGUAUGCACUACACUUUACGCAUCACAUUACACAUUUCACACCACACGGUAGUAUAUAAAAAAAACCCCACACAACUUUAUCCUUUACACGCACCAACAGCAAGCAUAACCAAGGGAUAUAACUCAUGUUGGACUCCUCUGGAACUUUUUUCAGCCUACCACCUUUACACAGCAGACGCCGACCGGUCGUGUUCAUUUCCACCUCCAGCAGUGGAGAGCGGUCGCUAUUUCCUAUUACAUGUCGGCUAUCUCUGAUGAGCGCAUAUUACUGGUUUGUUGCCUAACACUGCAUUAUAUAAUUUCACUUGAAAUCGAUUGGUAAGACCAGCCGUGAUGGAUAAUUAACACUAUAAAAUUCAGACACUAUAUAUAUAUAUAUAUAUAUAUGCAGAGGAGUGGCUACGUAAUAAGAAGUUGCUUCCCAACUACACGGUUGCGGGAUCAGUCCCACUUGGACAAGUGUCUUCUACUAUAGCCUUGGGCUGACCAAAGCCUUUUGAGUGGAUUUGGUAAAGAAGCUCGUCGUGAAUCAACCUCAGCACACAAAGACACACACACAUGUGUCUGUGCUUGUCUCCCAUCACCGCUUGACAACCGGUGUUGGUGUGUUUCUGUCCUCGUAUAUUAGCGGAUCGACAUAGUGUUCGAUAAAAUAAGUACCAGGCUUAAAAAAAAAAGUACUGGGUCUGAUUCAUUCAACUAAGAAUUCUCCAAUAUGGUGCCCUAACAUGACCGCCGUCAAAGAUUGGUACAAAUAAAAUGAUAUGUGGAGAGAUGGGGGUGGGGUGCAGACAGCUGUAUUAAUUUACUCUUUACGUCACUUCCUUUUCUUUUCUUUUCUUCCGGUAGCGAAGGUAACAAAGAAAUUAGUCGUGGUUCGCCAUUAUUGAUUAAUCUAUCUCGGAAAUUCUUGACGAUAACUUAUAGAACCUGGCUAUUUCGUUGAACAGCUCAGUGGUAAGUGGACUGGUUUCAUCCUCACUUGGCAAAACUUCUCUGUGUAUGAGUACAUUCGAUAACUUUUGUUUUCACCCUAUAUUGAUAUAUAAGUAUUAAAAAUAUCGACCUAUGCAGUCAAUAUUUUUUCGAAAAUAAAGCUACAGUUUAGUCUGCAGGUGUUUAGUUCCAGGUCAGAAUUGGUCUGGCAGACCUAUUCUAAAAGUUGUUCCGGCUGUGAUCACCCCUACCAAAUUUUCAUGUAGAACGUGCUGUCUCUAGUUUGACAGCCGAAUGUAGGUGAUAAUGACACAUAAACAUAGUGAUUGGAUAUUUGCGAAGAUUAUGAUUAUUAUCAGUAAACAGUAUGUUCUGAAAUUAUGUAUUUCAUCAAAGAUUUAUUCUUCUUCGAUUUGCUAUAAAUGACGAUGAUCGUGCGUUGGCUAAAAGUAUUAAAUCAUUUGUUUACAAUUAUUGACACCAGUGUUACCCGUCACAUCAUGGGAGUAUGCUUUUGCCACCUUUUUGUAGUAGUAUCGAGAGAUGGCAUACAUACAUACACUGACAUUGGCAUAAAAUGAUUCUCUCCUUCAUAUAAAUCACCAAUGUUUGUCAUACUUUUUAAAGAUGUUAUACAGAACUGAUAAAACUUUGUUUGUAUAAAUCUAUGGUGGAAUUACCGUGAAAUAAUUCCUUUGACCUGAUAUUAUUAAUAAUAUUUCUCUACUUUCUGGAAUAAAUACAAGAUAAUUUUGCAUUCUAAUUAAACUUGGACAAAUUUACCACAGAGACAUAACUGGCUUCUCUUGACAGAAAUUUCAUGUAUAUCUAGGUAACUGGAUCUAUUUUAGUGUUACCAUACGCAUUGAUUUCUUACUACAAGACAGACUUCUGUAAUAAAACAGUCUUGGAAUACUUGCACAGAAAUGAUUUCUUAUGAUAAAUCACCAUGUAAGUAACCAUUAGUUGCAUCUUCAGACAUCAUCAAAGAUCAGAGUUGAUGGAAAUAAAGUUCAAGAAAUGUUUGUUGAAAUAUAAAGCCUAACACAAGAAAAGUAUUUGUAUAUUGUGGUAAGAGAAGAAAAUUAUGGAAAAUGAAUUAUGUGACAACCAGGAUGAAUAUAAAAUACAGUCAAGGACUGAUUUUCCUGAUAAGACACUGAAACAAAUAGAAAAGUCAUCAAAACACUGUGAUGUUUCUAAGCUAUUAUCUGAAAAAGGUACCUUAACUAAACAUAAACCUAUUCAUGCUGGAGGGAAACCAUAUCACUGUGAUAUCUGUGGUAAAUCAUUUUCUCAGAAGGGUUCCUUAACUACACACAACCGUAUUCAUACAGGAGAGAAGCCAUAUGACUGUGAUAUCUGUAGUAAAUCAUUCUCUACAAAAGUUCACCUAGCUACUCACAUACGCAUUCAUACAGGAGUGAAACCAUAUCACUGUGAUACCUGUGAUAAAUCAUUCUCUCAAAGCAGUUAUUUAACUACUCAUAAACGUAUUCAUACAGGAGAGAAGCCAUAUCACUGUGAUAUCUGUGGAAAAUCAUUUUCUCGCAAUGGCAAAUUAUCUACUCACAAACGUAUUCAUACAGGAGAGAAGCCAUAUGACUGUAAUAUCUGUGGUAAAACAUUUUCUAGAAGUGAUUAUUUAACUACUCAUAAACAUAUUCAUACAGGAAAGAAGCCUUAUGACUGCGAUGGCUGUGAUAAAUCAUUCUUUCGAUAUAGUGAAUUGACUACUCACAAACGUAUUCAUACAGGAGAGAAGCCAUAUCACUGUGAUAUCUGUGGUAAAUCAUUCUCUCGAAGUGAUCACUUAACUACUCACAAACAUAUUCAUACAAGAGAGAGGCCAUAUCAUUGUGAUAUCUGUGGUAAAUCAUUCUCUGUAGAUAGUCACUUAACUACUCACAAACGCAUUCAUGCAGGGGAGAAGCCAUAUCAAUGUGACAUCUGUGGUAAAUCUUUCUCUCAAACAAAUAUCUUAACAACUCACAAACGUAUUCAUACAGGAGAGAAGCCAUAUCUCUGUGAUGUAUGUGGCAAAUCAUUCUCUGUACCAUGUAGUUUAACUAAACACAAACGUAUCCAUACAGGAGAGAGACCAUAUCACUGCAGUAUCUGUGGUAAAUCAUUCUCCAUAGAUAGUCACUUGACAACUCACAAACGCAUUCAUACUGGAGAGAAACCAUAUCACUGUGAUAUCUGUGGUAAAUCAUUCUCUCGAAGUAGCUAUUUGAAUACUCACAAGCGUGUUCAUACAGAAAAGAAGCCAGAUGACUCUGAUAUAUAAAGUAAAUAAUUCUCUUUUAAUGGUGACAACCAUUUGGAAACACAUUCACAUAUUUGUUGCUGGGUUUAGCAUCACAAUUUGGCUGUUGUGUUAUUUUAGUGAAGACUACUGUGUUUGCAUUCAGAACAGGUGUUAUUUUCAUUUGAGUGAACUAUGAAAAGUCUGUCCUAUAAGAGAGAAGCUAUAUCCCUGUUGAAAAUACUUCUCUCUAAAAUGUUGAGUUAAUGAGAUACAAGCAUUCAUACAAGAAAAAAAGCUGUCACUCUCACCUGCAUUAAAUCAUUCUCAUAAAAUUAUAUAGCCAUAUUUUCAUAUUACAACAAAUAUGUCUAUAUUGGUGAUGUUAAAACUUAUCAGUGUGAUAUUUCUAAUAAAUACUUGCUUUCAAAAUGCUCAUCUACAUAUAUAUAUAUAUAUAUACAUUUUAGAAAUGCCUAGAAAGGAGAAAAGAUACUCUUGGUUUAUUUGAAAUUGAGAGUAAAUAAUAUGGAAAUGUAUUUACUGAUUAACAUUACAGUAUGUUUUAAGUAAAAUACACAAGCCUUAAUAAAAUGCACUUCAUCAUAGGAUAAUAUGUAUUAGAACUUAUAUUCUAGUUCUUUUUAUACAGUCAGGUCUUACUACCUAUUCUGAUAAAAUAAAUUUAAAGUAUAUGCCUUUAAGAAACUGAUUUUGUUUGGAAAAUCCAUGUAAUUUAUCAUUUCUCUGAUGCUUAAGCAAAUGUUAAUUUGCAUGUAUCAAGGUCUAUGAUACAGCAGAUCAUCACUCUGAAUUGACUUCUGACACCUCAUCUGUAACGCCCUGCACCCUGAGAUCUGACUGCAUCACUCUAUUGUUUAUAUGUGAUUGUUUUAAAUAAAGAAACUAAAUCUCUUUAUGAAGAUGUAAAUAUUUCUAUCUGAAAAAUGUAUGAUGAAGAUAAAUUUUAGAUUAAAUUCUUUUUAAUCUCCUAACUUAUGAACGCAAUAACUGCAUUACUCUGCUGUUACUUAACAAUACUGUUGCAUAUACUAUUGAUAGUAUACAUCAUUCUAUGCACACACAUUCAUGCAGGAGAGAAGCUAUACACUUGUGGUAUCUUGUUUUCUAAGCUGUAAAUUAAACAAACAUCAACACAUUCAGGAAGAGAAGCAAUAUCUCUGAAAUAUCUAUUGUGUAUCAUAUCCUGAAACUGGUAACUUCAUGAGACAGGAGAGGAGCUGUAUUUCUAUAACAUCUUUGGACAUAUUCACAACUAUGUUCAUAUUGAAGUAAAGUAUAUGUAACAGGAUUCAGCACAUAUUAUAUGUAAACCACUACUGCAUUGGUAAUUUCUAAAAAUACUGUCCACACAUGUGCAUUAUCUUCCUAAACACCUUACCCCCAAUAAUUCACUGAAUCUAGGAAUAGACCUGAAAAGCAUCUUUCAACGAAGUCAUGACAUCCUUGUCACUUUGACAACACACCAACUUGUUUACUAGACUUAUCAAUAAAACAUGUUAUACCAUAUAGUUUGUAGUCGCGAAUAACAAAUCCCUCAGUUGUUACACUUGUUAGGUUUUGCAAUCUUUGGUGCCAUUAUAUUGUAUUUCCACAUAUAUAACAUUAAUAAACUAUCACAAAUACUAGGAUUCUUGUUUAGAAUCAGGAGAUUAACAACCUCAAUUGUUAAAUCUAUACAAAGCUCAAAUAAGACAAACCAUGGAGCAGUGUGUAUAUCUAUGGGAUGGCACUGAUGAUAUUAAUACAUUUGCAUCCUUGAGCAAAUUCAAAAGAAAGUAAUUUAACUGAUUCAAUCACAAAGAAGCUUCAACCACUAUCUCAUGGAAACAAUUUGUUCUCUCUCUGUUGUUACUGCAGUGGUAUCUCCUCUGAAAUAUCUGAACAUGUUCCCUCUUACAAUUACCUCUCUGCCCAUGUUUUUCCCAAUGAAUCUUCAAACUGAAAAUCAAAAUAUCAACCCUACCGAUCUCACCGGUCUGGAAGGACUUACGAAGAUCAGUAACUGACAAAAGCAUCAACAAAUAGAUAACUUACCACUGGUGAAGCACUCUUAAAAUAUUUAUUUUCUCUCUUAACAUCAGAAACAUAUUCUCACAACUUGAUGAUAGCAUCACUGCACAGUUAUAUAAAUAAAUGUGUAUACCUGUUUUCACUUCACUCUGCACCAGUUCUGAUUGUUGAUUGAAAAUAUUGAGUAAAACAAUUAUUGAAAAAAUAUUUCUUGGCUAAAAGCUAUUGAAAUAGAUUAACCUCAGGAGUGUCAUAAGAUGUAUUAUCUAUAUUUAUCUGAAUGAUAAAAAAACAUUUUAAAACUAGAAAACUUCAGUUACACAAAUAUUAUUUAUAUUUUUUUAACAAAUCAAAGGAUAUAAACAGAAAAAUGUUAAACUUAUCAGCUGACAGCCAUCCUCUUAUAGGGAAUGUACAACUGAAGUACAUAAAACAAUACAAAAGACAUUAAACCCAGGAGGACUAAUAUCAGCUGAUACAACCCUCCAUACAAUCUGCCUGUGACUAGAAAUGUAACAAGCAACUUAUUGUCAUUGGUCAGCUAAUGAUUUUGCAGCAACAGAAGUACCACAAUACCCCUGAUAAAAGUGUGAAGAUAUACAGCUAUAUAGAUAAUAUACACUUCAAAAUCUCACACAAUAACAAAAUGCUCAGAAAUCUGAAUAUAAUCACAAAACUUCACUCAAUGGAAAAUAUCUGUUGAAGGUUAUACAUAAAACUAGUAAAAACAAGAUAAUAUUAAGACAGCAUAUAUACAGCUAACAGAAAACACUUGAAAUAUACUUGGCACAUUUCUUCAAAUCUACAAACAACUUUAUAUUGCUGUUAAAAGUUGGAGGAAUUAACAAUAUAUCAACAACAAUGUUGAAAACACUAGAUCAUAUAUCAAUGCCGGUAAGAGGUGCAACUGGUGAACCAUUAAAAAAUUCAAUAUAGUUAUAACAAGAGUUAUUUAGAGCAUGUCCAUUCUUAAAAAAACUUACAAUAAUGAUGAGCUAACUUCCCUAAAUAUGCUGGAUAAUACUGGGAGGCAGUAGGAGAUGCACUAUAUGCUGUGUGUUUUUACAAUCAUCAUCAUUGUUUAAUGUCCAUGUUCCAUGCUGGCAUGGGUUGGAUAGUUUGACAGGAUUCAGGGUGUCAAAGUACUGGAUUGUGUUCCAGUGUUUGCUUUGGUAUGGUUUCUAUGGUUGGGUGUCCUUCCUAACAUUGACUUCACAAUGUGCAUUAGAUACUUUUUGUUUUUUUAUCAUGUUACCAACACUUGUGAGGUUACGUACAGCUUGCAAGACUACAAACCCCCAAGCUUUAUGCUCCGUGAUGAGAAGUUAAAAUGUGAGAGAAGAGGUCAGAGCAGAAUCUACAAUCAUUGUGGAUGUAGUUAUCUCUUAUUCAAUUAUAAGAGGUAACUAUAUAAGUAGGCAUGAAGAAAAACAUUAUCAAAGCACAUGAUCUGAUAUGGCUAAUGAAAAUAAUGUGAUAACUCUGUUUAACUUCCAGCAGAUGCUCCACCUUACUGGAGUCUUUCCAAUAGUAAGGUUAUUGCAAAUUCCAGACAAAUCUGAGUUCAACAGAAAAACAGAUAUAGCCUGUGAAACUGCAAUGAACUGAUAAAUGUUAUUGUAUCUGGUGGUUGCAGGAGGGUUAUCAUACCAAUGAAUGUAUGUAAAUAUAUAUUCAUGUGAAUCUUUAUGUGUGUAUGUUUAAUGUUUAGGUUGUAACUGGUAAAAGGUUUGGGUUAGGCAGUAUGUGGCAAGUUGAGAAAAAGUUGCAUAGUCGAUACAUCGGAAAAAAUUGAUGCAACAAAUAGUUCAUACUUAUCAGAGAUUUUAUUCACUGAGAAUUUCACCAUCAUUUAAAGCUCUUUCUAACAAUAAAAACAAAGGAAAACAUCAAAGCCUACGGGCUGUCA